AUGGAAAACUGGAAAUCAAGAAUUCCAUUCCAUGCCCGCUAGAAAGAAAUGAGAAAUCGAAGGUUUGUCCAGAUGGCUACGAGCGACGAAGACGAGGACACUCCGUCACAGCACCGGACUCGGUCGACGGAGAAAUCGGAGGACUCUGGCGCGGCGGCUGAAGAGAAUUCGCCUUGCGGACGAAGAUGAAGACGAGGCGGUAGAAGAGAAAGACAAGGGAGGGAAGCGGAGGAAGAAAGGGAAGGAGGAAGAGGUCGAAGAAGAAGAGCCCGAGGAAGAGGAUGAGGAAGAAGUAGUUCAGGAGGACGCGAAGCCUGUAGGCGAAUCUGUGAAGGUUACUGGGAAGGGGGAAAACCGCCGAACUCACUACAAGGGCUUUGAAUUCGACGGCAUUCAAUAUGAGCUAGUGAGGAGAGGAUCCAGUACUUUUGACUCCGGAGGACCAGGACCAGAAACCUUACGUUGCAAUCAUCAAGGAUAUCACUCAGACAAAAGAGGGCACUAUGAUGAUCACUGGGCAAUGAUUUUAUCGGCCAUACGAGGCUGAGAAAAGAGGAGGCGGAAACUGGAUAUCAUCUGAUACCCGGGAGCUGUUUUAUAGUUUCCAUCUUGACGAGGUUCCUGCAGAGUCUGUACUGCACAAGUGUGUCGCGCAUUUCAUUCCUGUCCACAAGCAGAUUCCUAAUCGAAAGCAGGAUCCUGGUUUCAUUGUACAGAAAGUUUAUGACACAGAUAAUAAGAAGCUGUGGCAUCUAACUGAUAAGGAUUAUGAAGAUGAUAAGCAGCAUGAGAUUGAUAUUCUUGUCCAAAAGACUCUCUCACGUCUAGUAGAUCUUCCAGACAUUGAGGUGGAUGAUGCUACCGCUGCGCCUUCUGGUGAGCCUGAAGACCAGUCAAAGGUUAAAAGAAGCGUGAGGAAAAGGAACAUUUCACCUGUUGAUAUUUCAAGAGAGGAAGAGACAAUUUUGGCAAGGGAUGGUCUGAGAGCCGAGACACCAGGAAGCUGCACAAGCAAUUCUGAAUUCUAUGCUAUCCUGGUGAAGUUUAAUGCAUUGACUGGAGACACCCACCGUGACAGGUGUUUGGAGAAGCUGUUACAGAGUGUUCAGUAUGCUUGCAGCUCCUCCACUGGUGGUGGUACAGAUGACAGUGUUAAAGAGAAACCUGGUUCAAAUGGGCAGACUAGUGCAAAGGAGGAUAAGCCCCAGGAAACUGAAAAUGAUAGUACCCAACAGAAAAACCCAAAGGAUGACAAGUCAUUCCCCUGGCCAGAUGCUGCUGUUCCUGCUGUCAGUACUCUUGAGCGGGUCACACACGAGACUCUUUCUGCUGAUAAGUACAACCAGAAGUUAAGACAACUUGUGUUCAAUCUCAAGGUCAGUCUAUCUAUCAUGUUUUACAUGCAUAGUUGGAACCUUCCAAAAUACUGGUCAUGUCACCGAAUGAGUUAAAGGAAGGGUCAACUGCGGAGGAAAGAAAGACCAACGAGCCUGAAGAAUCUGUGCGCAUGCAGAUGACUGAUGCUCGUUGCGGGAGGUGCAAUGAGUCCAAAGUGGGUAUAAGGGACAUCAUUCAAGCAGGACACGAAGACCGCUAUCAGCUUGAGUGCAUUGGCUGCGGCAACUCCUGGUAUGCAUCUAGGGACGAAGCAUCCAUGUUGACAAUAGAUGGUCCGACUACCUCGAAAACAGUAGGGAUUGCACCAUUGGCGACCGCAAAGUUUGAAGAAGUAGAAAAGCUGUUGAGUCCUCGGGAAUCAGACAAGGCAACUGCAGUAGACUUGUCGAAGAAACUUGCAAAUGAGCCGCCGGCACACGUACCACCUGUGCUCGAAACCCAGAACUCGAUCGGCAAGUCCAAGGUACAUGAUGAGAAUCAUGGAGGCGCCGUCUCGAAGAAGGAUCAUCCUCAGACGAAGUAGGCCGGUGGGUUAGGGGGUUGUACAGAAGCAGAAUGGACAGAGUUAGUUGUAUAUGUUGAGUCUGGAAAUGGGGUUAAUGCAGGUGAUGAAAUAGUAAGAACUAAGAAGUAGGGUUUAGACUAGCAUUUCGAGAAUGUAGUUUGCUAAUGUAACAUUGAGGGGUUGAUUCAGCGUCUUUUUGUUAUGGUCGCAUCUU